AUGUACGAAGGGAUUGACAAUCUGAAAUCCCUUUACGACCGUGCCGGGAAGACUUUCUCCGGCGGUCCUUCUGCUGCACAGGAUGUGCCGCGUCGUACUGCUCAACCAGACCCAGUACGUCGAUCAUCAGUUGGGAGCGGGGCUCCCAAGUUUCCCAGGACGGGGGAUAGCCGCGCCACCGGACGAGAUAACUCGUCCGACGUCCGUUCACGUCGCGGUGGUUCAACAGCUUCUCAACUAGAUAGCGCUGGCCACCGCGAGAGUCCUCUAAUGGAGGUGGAGGAGGAGGAAAGACGCUCUCCACACGAUCAUGUGGAUCGGUGUGUUCCCGAGAGCUUCUUUGAUCGCGUAACGCAAGGGUUACGCGACGAUCUCGAACAUGAGCGGGACAGGCGUCUCCAAAUGGCGGACACUGCCUCGAAGCAUCGAGCUGAGUUUGCCUUUGCUCAGCUUGAGAACGAGAGAUCUCUGACAUCUCUUCGUGACGAGCUAAGGGUAGCUCGUGGGAUUGUUGAUCGGUCUCGGGCUGAGAUAACUGCUCUUCAGACCCUUGUUGAUGCCCACCAUCGGGAGCACAAGGCUCUCUGCGAGAUGCUUGAGCGCAAGGGCGUUCUUCAUCGGAAGAAGCAGCGUACUGAUGGUACGGCUUAA